AUGCCCGCCAAAGUUGGAAGGGUCUUCUUUGGCAAAUACGUUGCACUGCCAUUCACCCGGUGGCGGAUGCUUCGACAUGGCUACGUUAGAUCUCCGGUGCACUAUCGAGAGUAUGAGAUUGGACAAGUAUGCUACUCGUUGCUAGGGGCCGGCGGUGGGUUCCUGAUGGGCUCGAGUUACUUUUAUCUCGAGUUCCUUAUGGCCUGGCAUCACCUCCUAGUUCAAGCUGGGUUUAAGAAUCCAGCCAUAUUUGGGCUUGAAUACACUUUGGUGCCUGAUCAAGUCUACCCAAGACAGGUUCUAGAAGCCUUGGAAGGUUACAGGCAUGUUCUCAAAGUCGUCAAGGACGCCUCCAAGGUCUGCGUCUCAGGCGACUCGGCUGGUGGUUCAUUGAUCCUUAGCAUGCUACUCGAACUGGGAGCUCAAGCAGCCAGCCAAGAUAAAAAUGGCGUCAAUGCUGAUACCCAAGGUGGCCUUGCUGAUUUUGAUACAUCACAUCUGCCCUUGCCCCGAAUGGCGACACUUAUCUCGCCAUGGAUAACACUCAUGUCGAACUUGCACUACAAUUCCAAAAGUGAUUUCUUGGACAAACGCACUCUGUGGAAGUAUGCACAAGAGUAUGCAGGUGAAAAUAUGAUCCAACAGCAGCCAGCCUCUCCCGGAAAUUGUGUCGAUGACAAGCUCUGGAGAGCAGCCAGUCCUGAACGAGGAUAUUUCGUCAUAUUUGGGGAAGAAGAGGUCUUUGCCCCGGAUAUUGAAGACUUUCUCAAAAGACAGGCUAAAAUCGGUGUUCAGGCCGAAGGACAGAAAUUUGAUGGGGGCAUCCACGCAUGGCCUGUGGCCUCGCUGUUCCUUUCGAGCACAGAGGAGAAGCGACUGCAAGGACUUCGAACUGCUGUCAAGGAGAUUAGAAGACGAAUGCUUGAAUGGGGUACAUUGAACGGUGAUAAAGUGUAG